GUCCGCCGCGAAAAGUCGUGGGGGUUACAUCGUUGUUUUGUUUGAAAAUUAGAAUUUGAAAUCGCACCGGUCCCUACUUACCCGGUAGACCAGAUUUAAACUAUUAAAAGACAAUCGUAAACGUUACAAAUAAUUAAAAUUAGACUCGAGGUGUUAAGUUAAUUUAUGUUUGUGUUAUAAUUGAAGUUAUAAGACUUUUUUUAUUGAGUGCAAGUGUUUUUUCGCGAUCUACGCGACUGCACUUCUUUGGUUGUGUGCUUGGUCAAGAGAAAAGACACAAUGAACGGUCUGAACGGUCACAGCAACGGUGACAUGAACGGCGCUGGUGACAUUAUCACCCAGAACCAGCAGCGAGGCUGGUGGACUAUCGGCCUCAUCAACUCCCGGUACCGCUACCUCACCGCGGAGACCUUCGGCUUCAAGAUCAAUGCAAACGGCACCAGCCUCAAGAAGAAACAGAUAUGGACCUUGGAGCCUGCAUCUGGGAACGCCAAUGACAGUAUGAUCUUCCUUCGCUCGCACCUGGACAAAUACCUCGCCGUGGACUCAUUCGGCAACGUCACCUGCGAGGCCGAGGAGAAGGAGCCCGGCAGCAAGUUCCAAAUCAGUGUAUCUGACGACGGAACUGGUCGGUGGGCACUGCGCAACGUGGAGAGAGGCUACUUCCUCGGAUCCAGCUCAGAUAAGCUCACGUGCACUGCCAAGGUGCCUGGCGACGCUGAACUAUGGCACGUACAUCUCGCUGCACGACCACAGGUGAACCUCCGCUCCAUCGGCCGCAAGCGUUUCGCGCACUUAUCCGAAUCAUUGGAUGAGAUCCACGUGGACGCCAACGUGCCUUGGGGCGAGGAUACGCUCUUCACCCUCGAGUUCAGAGCAGAUGAGGGUGGGAAAUACGCCCUGCACACUUGCAAUAACAAAUAUCUAAGCGCUGGAGGCAAGUUGCUGGACGCGUGCUCGGGCGAGUGCCUGUUCAGCGCGGAGUACCACGCGGGCGCGCUGGCGCUGCGCGACGGCGCGGGCGCGUACCUAGCGCCCAUCGGCUCCAAGGCGGUGCUGAAGACGCGCUCCACGGCCGUGACGCGCGACGAGCUGUUCUCGCUGGAGGACAGCCUUCCGCAGGCCGCCUUCAUCGCCGCGCUCAACGAGAAGUACGUCUCCGUCAAGCAAGGAGUGGACGUGACCGCUAACCAGGAUGAAAUCUCGUCCCACGAGACCUUCCAGCUGGAGUUCGACUGGGGCACCAAGCGCUGGUACAUCCGCACCAUGCAGGACCGCUACUGGACCCUGGAGACCGGCGGCGGCAUCCAGGCCAGCGGGGACAACAAGUCGUCCAACGCGCUGUUCGAGCUGGACUGGCAGGGCGACGGCGCGGUGGCGUUCCGCGCCAACAACGGCAAGUACCUCAUGACCAAGCGCUCCGGACACCUGUACGCCAACGCCGACGCCAUCGACGACAACUGCAAAUACUACUUCUACCUCAUCAACAGGCCGAUCCUGGUGCUGAAGUGCGACCAGGGCUUCGUGGGGCCGAAGGGCGUGCGCCUGGAGUGCAACAAGGCCAACUACGAGACCAUCCAGGUCCAGCGCGGGCCCAAGGGCGCCGUUUACUUCAAGGGUCAGAACGGCAAGUACUGGCACGCGGACAGCGAGGCGGUGACGUGCGACAGCGACAGCCCGCAGCCCUUCCACCUAGAGCUGCGCGAGCCCACGCGCCUCGCCAUCCGCGCCGCCGCGCCGCCGCUCUACCUGGCCGCGGCCAAGAACGGCAACUUCCGCCUCGCCUCGCCCGACCUGGCCGCCGCCACGCACUGGGAGUACUAACCCCGCCCCGCCCCACGCUCCGCGACUGUCACAUCCGAACUACCCCUAACCGCCCCUUACCACUCCCGGCUACCUUUCGAAAUACUCUUAAGCCACUGUAUUUUAAACUUUGUUUACUUAUCGCAGCAGCGCCAUCUGUUUACAGUGCUGGAAAACAGAAGAGCCACGUAGUUAGUUUCACGCGAUAGAAUAAGUAAACGUGCGUAGAACAUCUCGCAUUUCACACCUUGUUUUGGCACGUAUAUGCCAUGUAUUUUUUGAAAUACGGAGGGUUGUUUUGGAAUAUGUUUUUCAUACUUUUUGUAGUUUUAUCUGGUAUCGAUUGCCUUAAAUGUUUUUAUAUUGCCACUCAUUAUGUAUGUGGCCCACGUUAUUGAAACAAUAUAUUAUUGUGACGAGUGCCAAACUUUAAGUUAUUUUAUAAAAACAUACAAACUGAUACACAUUUUCAUAACAUUUUAAAACUUUGCUGUAAAUUAAGACCAACAUGCAUUCGUAUUUUCGAUAAAUCGAUACCAGAUUUUGAUAAUAUUACUUAAACUUAUUAUAAGAAAAAAGCGUUUGAGUAAUCAUCAGUGGUGAAUAAAUCUUGUUUUUUCCAUUGAAUUGUAAAAAAUAUACUGAAAACUCAAAUGAAAGUUCACAAUACUCUUCCAAAUGCAAAAUUAGCCACAUAUUCCGGCGUGUAACUUAAUUUGAAUGUAUUUCCUGAAAUUAAUAUUUGCGUGCGCGCGCUUACAGUCGACGCCAUUUUAAGCUGCCACCUUAUUGAACAAGAUGGCGCCCGAACGACCCAAACAGCCGAUUCCAGGUUGAAUCCGCUCGAAAUGGUACUUAAACAUAAAACAGGAAUGUUUGCAAUGCAGGUAGCAUUGUUCUACUACAUUUCACUAAAAAAAAAAAAAAAUGUACAGCGUCACUGCAAGCGCCGCCCGGAGCAGCAUUUAGUAUGGUUAAGGCUAUGUAUCGCACGCGGGUGCGAAUGUGAUCGUAUAAAAAUAUCGCUUGUCUAAUUAAUUAUUAUAAUCAUAGAUUAUUUUCUUAAUAUCGGUAGAUCUGCGGAAAUGAUUGCUUAAUAAGAAUUAUUUUUAUAUUUUUCAGACUCAAUUUAUCGCUUAAAAUAAUUUAUUUUUAAACUAAAUAUCGAAAUUUAAUUAAGGCAUUAUCGUAAUAUCGGAAGUUUCGAAGAAUAUUUAUUGGAUAUCGUAGCGUCUAGUCGAACAAUUUUUAACAGUUUUGUGUGAAUCCGACAAGUAGGUUAGUGAAUCAACAUCGUGAGACUGAAACCUACAUAAUUUAAAUUAACAAUAACAGUAAAUCAUUGUACCGUAAUUUAAGUUUUUAACUGGGCUAUUCGCAAUACCAGACGUGCUUCAAAACUGUCUAACAAUCUCCUUGAAAUGUAAUGAACUCCUUGCACCGUAACGAGAGUUACUGACUCAGCAGCACGCAGUCUGGCAUCAAUAAUGAAUAAGCUAAUUAAGUUAUUGUAAGUAAUAUCGGUAUAGGAUUAGGCUGAGUUUACACCGCUCCCAAAAAUGAACGUCCAUUCCACGAUUUUAAACGUAGACGAGAUUUUUUACAAUUUUUAAGACUUUUAUAAAUCUGGUGCAUACCUGAUGCGAUGGUUUGAGGUGCAAAAGUCGCUCUUGCUGUAUUUGUGUUUGGGAAGCGAGGUGUCUCGUCAGUUGUAUGAGAAUGAACAAAACGAAGAACGCACUGCGUAUAUUGUAAUGCGGAUCCUAAUGUGUGUACGAUAACGUCUUUGUAAACUAUUAAUAAAUAAAUUAUAAUCAUAUUGUAAAAA